UCAUCUAUAUAUUAAUAUCAAUAUAACAUACUAACAAUGGCGGUGGAUUCUCCACUUGGUCCACCUGCAUGUGAAAAAGAUGCAAAAGCUCUUCAACUUCUUGAAGAAUUGACAAGAAAUGUGGAUUCAGUUCAAGAAAAGCUUCUUGCUGAAAUUCUCAGCAGUAAUUCAGAAACUGAAUAUUUUAAAAGAUUCAAUCUGAAUGGAGCAACUGAUCGUGAAAGUUUUAAAUCCAAAGUUCCGGUUGUUGCUUAUGAAGAUCUUAAACCUGAUAUUCAACGUAUUGCUAAUGGUGACCGCUCUAACAUCUUCUCUCCACACCCGAUUACGGAGAUUCUCACUAGCUCUGGAACUUCUGCUGGUGAGACAAAGUUGAUCCCUAUAAUCCAUGGAGACUUGGACCGUCGCGCGUUAUUCCGCAGUUUUCUCAUGCCCAUCAUGAAUCUCUAUGUGCCUGGUUUGGACAAAGGGAAGGGUAUGUAUUUCUUGUUUGUGAGGUCAGAAACAAAAACAAAGGGAGGGUUAUUGGCUCGUCCAGCACUUACAAGCUACUACAAAAGCGAGCACUUCAAGAACAGGCCAUUUGAUCCGAACAAUGAUAACACUAGCCCGAACGAGGCCAUUCUUUGCUCGGAUGCUUUCCAAAGCAUGUACGCUCAAAUGCUUUGCGGCCUUAUUAUGCGCCAAGAAGUUCUUCGAGCUGGAGCAAUGUUUGCUUCUGGGUUUCUUCAAGCCAUUCGGUUUCUUCAACUCAAUUGGAUGCAAUUAGCAGAUGAUAUUUGCACUGGUACGUUAAACCCUAAAGUUACGGACUCAUCAAUUAGAGAAUGCAUGGCAAAAAUCUUGAAAUCAAAUAAAGAACUGGCAGAGUUCAUUACGAAAGAAUGCUCAGAUAAGAAUUGGAAAGGUAUCAUAGCAAGAAUUUGGCCUAAUAUGAUAUACCCAGAUGUUAUCAUUACCGGCACGAUGGCUCAAUAUAUACCGACUCUUGAAUAUUAUAGUAACGGUUUGCCUAUAGCUUGCACCUCAUACGGGUCUUCCGAAUGCUUCUUUGGUGUUAACCUUAAACCAAUGGUGAAACCAUCCGAAGUUUCUUACACAAUAUUGCCAAACAUGGCUUACUUUGAAUUCUUACCGCACGAACAGUCAUCUUCUUCGGCUCUUUCUCGCGAUUCUCCUCCACGUCUUGUGGAUCUUGCCGAUGUUGAAGUUGGUAAGGAAUAUGAGCUUGUUAUCACUACUUACGCCUGUUUAAACCGAUACAGAGUAGGAGAUAUACUUCGGGUCACUGGUUUCUACAAUGCAGCUCCACAUUUUAAAUUCAUGAAAAGAAAAAAUGUAUUACUAAGUGUCGAUUUAGAUAAAACUGAUGAAUCUGAGUUGCAGAAAGCCAUCGAAACUGCUUCAUUAUUGCUGGGUGAAUACAAUACUUCUGUGGAGGAGUACACUAGUUGUAUUGAAACAAAACUAAUUCCAGGUCAUUAUGUGAUAUACUGGGAAUUGCUUGUGAAAGAUUUAGCUAACUCGCCAACUGAGGAAGUAUUGAGCCAGUGCUGUUUAGCAAUGGAAGAGUCAUUUAACUCGGUUUACAGACAAUUGCGAGCUGCUGGCAACUCAAUUGGGCCAUUGGAGAUAAGAAUAGUGAGGAAUGGUACUUUUGAAAAAUUAAUGGAUUACGCAAUUUCAAGGGGGGCAUCAAUUGGGCAGUAUAAAGUACCAAGAUGUGUUAGCCUUACUCCUAUUUUGGAACUGUUGGAUUCAAGAGUUGUCUCCAAGCAUUUUAGUCCAUCUUUGCCACAUUGGACCCCGGAACGACGUCGUUGAAUCGAUACUGAGAAGUGAGAAAUGUCGAUCUUCUUUGCAUCUUUUGAAAUUGUCCUCCUUCCUGUUGCCUUUUUUUUUAUUUGCAAUUGUUUGUGAUAAUCUAUGUAGUGGGCGUGAUGUUACUCUCCAUUUGAUGUU